UCGGCGCCGGCCCGGUUUCCCCCCUCCUUGCCCAUCAGGUGUGGAGUUGCGGUGAACGCCACUCGGCCUCCAAUGCUUCAUUCGGGUUAAAACCAUGUCGAUGGUUCAGUGCAAUCCCUGGCGACGGGAGGGGUGAACUGUCUUACUCCUGGUCCUGUAUUGUUAAGUUUGAGUUGUACAGCCUUGCAAUGGCAUCAGAGUAUCUUACUGUAACGUACAUAUCAGCUUCUUAUAAAACGUUAUUUAUUUCAAUAACAGCGGCAGCAGCCUGUCUCUAAUGGGGAAGUUUGUGGGUUCACACUCCAGUGUAGUGUUGAUGCAGUGCCAAGGGUGAUAAUUUAAAGCAAGAUCCUCUCUGCCCUCACAGCUAAAAGCAAACGAUCCCAUAGCACUAUUGUUAAAAUAAAGCGAGUCGUUUUGAUGCCCUGGACAGUAUUUAUGACUGGACCGAUGUGUCUCUGUCGAUAUUGCAGUUGUUGUUUAUGGAAAAUGAAUGAAUCAUUGACUCCACAAUCCUACAUCCGCCACUUGAAACAGGGGCUCAUCCAAGAACUAUCAGACAUGCUGGAUCCACAAGAUGGUUGGAAGAAACUAGCAGUAAGCAUAAAAAAGUCUACAGGAGAACUAAGAUACAGCCAGUUACAUAUAAGGAGAUUUGAAGGAUUGAUUCCUAAGGGCAGGAGCCCUACUGCAGAGCUUCUGUUUGACUGGGGAACAACUAAUGCCACAGUCAAUGAUUUUGUGGAAAUCUUGAUCCAAAAUAAUUUUCUAGCUGCAGCUAGCUUGGUACUUCCAGAUAAAGUACCAUUGGCUACACCAUCUGCUUCAUUACCUGAAAAAAAUGAUACCCUUAUCGGUGACUCUGCCUAUAAGCCAAUUCUACAGGUCUCUAAUAACGAACACACCCGCCACUAUCCAGACAGCAGCAGUGAGAAAGAAACUGCCUUAAUGGUAAACAGUUCAACGCCACCAUGUUCAUCUUAUGACAGUUCAGAAAUAAAUCUUCACAAUUUCAACUAUUAUGAGUUAAUGCAGAGGACUGGUAACUUUGAUGAGCGUCCAGUAUCGGACGGUGGCAGUAAGAUUGGUGAGGGGGGGUUUGGAAUUGUCUACAGAGGCUACAUAAAUAACAGAAUGGUGGCUGUGAAAAAAUUGACAGCAGCACUGGAUCAGCAUAAUGUCAGCAUGGGGGAGCUGAGACUUCAGUUCAGUCAAGAAAUUAAAACUUUGGCUAAAUUAAAGCAUGAAAACCUGGUUGAGUUACUUGGCUUUUCCAAUGAUGGAGAACACCCUUGCCUGGUAUAUGCUUAUAUGCCUAAUGGGUCAUUGCUAGACAGAUUGGCAUGUCUGAAUAACACAGCUCCACUUUCUUGGAAUAAAAGAUGCAAUAUUGCUGGAGAUACAGCCAAUGGACUAAAAUAUUUACAUGACAAUAAUCAUAUCCAUCGUGAUGUUAAAAGUGCAAACAUCUUGUUGGAUGCUCUAUUUGUUCCUAAGAUUUCAGACUUCGGACUUAGCCGAGCAUCAUCACGUUUAACACAAACAAUGUUAACUGAGAAAAUUGUCGGCACAACUGCAUACAUGGCUCCAGAGGCAAUGCGUGGGGAGAUUACUCCAAAGUCGGAUGUUUUUAGCUUUGGCAUUGUCUUAUUAGAAUUAAUAACAGGACUUCCACCCGUUGAUGAAUCUCGUGAACCACAAUUACUGUUUGAUAUCAAAGAAGAAAUUGAAGAUGAAGAAAUGUCUAUCGAGGAUUACAUUGAUAAAAAGAUGCAGGAUCAGGACUCUGUGACAAUUGAGAAAAUGUAUUUAACUGCAAGUCAGUGUUUAAAUGAAAAGAAGAAUAAGAGACCAGAUAUUAAAAAGGUAUACGAUUCAUUGCAAGAGAUAUCUUCAGUUGCUUCAUAAUGAGAUGAAGUCUGGAGCCUCUGUUACAAGUCACAACAAACAUUAUUGAGAAUAUAAUACAAAGUUUGGAUUUCUGAUAGCCACAUUAUUCUGGUUGGUGUUGUUUGAGUAUGAGAUGAGGAAUCUCAAAUUAGACUUAGGUGACUGAAUAGGAAACUCACCCCUUGAGCCCAUUCUGCCAUUCAUUAUGAUCGUGGUUGAUCUGGUUGUGGUCUCUCUUUCACUUCCCUUCUCCUAACAAUAUCUAAUAUCUAUCUAGUUCUGCCUUAAACGAACUCACAUAUCCCUGCCUCUACUGCUUUAUUGGGAAGAGAAUUCUACAUGCUAACAGUCUUAUAAAAGAAAAAAAAACUCAUCGCGUCUUCAGACUGAGACCUGUCAUUAUUAAACUGUAUCUCUUGGUUCUUGUCUCCUGCACUGAAGGAAACAUGCUCCCUGUAUCUACCAUAUCAAGCCCCCCUCAAAUACAAUGUGUCUUAUAAGUUCACGUCUCCUUCUUCUAAAAUCUUUCAUAAAAUAAGCCCUCCAUUCCAGGAAUGAGUUGAAUUUUAAAAAAUGAGAAAUGUUAAAUUAACCUUCCCUGAAGUGCUUCUAAAGCAAUUUCUUUUUCCAAUAAGCAAACCAAAACUGUACACAAUUGUAUAGCUGGCUCUAUACAGUUGCAAUAAACCUUACCUCUUAUAUGCUAUAACCCUUGCAAUAAAUUCCAGCAUUACAUUUGCUUUCCUAAUCAUUUAUGUAUUUGCAUACUAACAUUGAGUUUUGUAUGUCAGGACACUCAGAUCCCAGAGUUCUGUAAUCUCUCUCUAUACAAACACUGCUUUUGUAUUCUUCCUGCCAAACUGGACGAGUUCAAGUUAUUGAUACUGUAUUCAGUCUGCCAGGAUUUUGCUCGCUCACUUCUUAUCUCUAUCCCUUUGCAGACUCUUUACCAACUCGUGACAACUUACUUUCCUACCUCUGUUGGUGUCACCAGCAAAUUAACAGCUGUGCCUUUAAUAUUUCCAUCUAAGUCGUUGCAUAUAGUUGAGGAUCCAACACUGAAUUCUGUGACAUUCCACUAAUUACUGUUUGCUAAUGCAAAAAGCACAUUUAUCCUAAUUCCCUAGUUAUUGUAGGUGACCAAUCAAUUAUCGGUAACAUAAGGAGCAGUAAUAGGCACCUCAGCCCUUUGAUCCCACUCCACUAAUUAAUAUAAACAUAGCUGAUCUCACCUCCGUCUCAACUCAUUUUCCUGCUUGCUCCCAAUAAUCCUUUAACCCAUUAACCCAAUACUAAUUGAAAGUCUGUCUGUCUCCUCCUCAAAUUUAUUCACUGUCCCAGCAUGUACCACAUUGUGGAAUAGUGACUUUUGUGGAUUCACAACCCUUUGAGAGGAAAUAAUUCCUCAUUUUCUGUAGUGAAUCAGUCACCCCUUAUCUUGAAACUGUGACUUUCCAUUCUAAAUUGCCCCAUGAGGGGAAGUAUGUGCUCUACAUCUACUUUGUCAAUCCCCUUUAGCAUCUAAUAGACCUCAAUUAAAUAUCCUGUCAUCUUUGUAAAUUCCAGCAAAUAGAGGCUUAAACUGCUUAAUCUCUCCUUUAUAUGACAAGCCUUUCAUCUCUGGAAUUAAUUCUCAGAAUUGUUUCCAAUGCAAUAAUAUCUUUCUUCACGUAUCUGUGCUAAUAGGUUAUCCCUAACACCAUAGGUUCUUAGCUUUGAUGCAGAACCUUAUUAAAUGUCAUUUGCAAAUUGAGUGCUCCAAAUCUACAGGUUCCUCCUUAUCACUGGCCGCAAAAAAUGCUAAUAAUUUAGUUAUACAUGGUAUCACUUUCACAAAGCAAUGUUGAUUCUGCUUGAAUACAUUAUAGCUGGAUACUUAGAAAAUCAUAACCUCCCUAAUGGAUUUUCACAAUUUCCCCAAGACAGAUGUUAGGCUAACUGGUGUAGAGUUGUUUGCUUUCUGUCUCCAUCCUUUCUUGUAUAAAAGUAUUAAUGUAGUUACUUCCAAUCCUUUGGUAUCCUUCCUGAAUCUAGGGAAUUUUAGAAGAUCAUAACAAAUACCUUCUAGUGCCUUUGCAGGCACUCCUUUUAAGACCUUAGGAUAGAGGCCAUCCAGUAGUUUUCCCACCACAUUUUUCCUUGUGAUUGUGAUUGUUCAAAUGCCUUCCCCUCUUUAUGUUUUAGUAUCUUUUGGAAGUUUUCUAAGAGAUCUAGUGAAAACAGGCACAAUGCAUCUAUUAAAUUCCCUUAAAUUUCCAGAGAACCAUCAGUAGGUUUAGUAACUCUCUUCCAUUUAAUGAUUCGGAGAUGCCGGUGACAAUCACCUGAUGAAGGAGCGUCGCUCCGAAAGCUAGUGUGCUUCCAAUUAAACCUGUUGGACUAUAACCUGGUGUUGUGUGAUUUUUAACCUUCUUCCAUUUAAGUACUUGUAAAAUCUUAACAUUUGUUUAUAUAUUACAGGCUAGCUUUUUCCUCAUACUCUUUUUAAGCCUAUUCUUUGCUGGUUCUUAAAACCUGACCAAUCUUCUGAUUGUUACAAAUUUGUACAGUUUUUCUUUAGAUUGAUGUAAUCCUUAACUUCUUCAUUUAGCCACAGAUGAUGUCUCUUGCCUUCUCACUGGAAUAAAUCUUCACUGAAUGUUCUUAAAAUCUCCACUGUCAUAUCUUUUAAUCUAUUUUCCCAGUUCAGUUCAGCCUUCAUAGAUACUUCUUAAUCAACCUGUUCAGACAUGUAAUAAGUGUAGAGCAGGUGGGACUUGAAAACAGGCCUUUUUGCUGAAUUUACCUUAACUGUAUCCACUGAAUCCCUCUUGAAAUUAGUCAAUUUAAAUAAAACUAAGGAGUGACAUAAGGUAAAGGCAGAUAAAUAAAAUUAAGCUACAAAUGAACCAUUGCUUAACAGAAUUAUAGAAUAGGCUCAAGAGGCUGAAUUGCUUGCACUUUUGUAUAUAUUGGGAAUAUUUCUGUAACCCUUAUGUAAAAUCUGAAACAUGUCAACUAACUGGGUCCCAGCUCAAAGGUAAAAUACUGUAGAUACUGUAAACCUGAAAUAUUUACAGUUUUUUGUAUGAUCAGUUCCACAGCAGCUCUGAAGUGGUGGUGAUAUUCCCAAGCAUUUUUAAAGUCUAUUUUCUUAUAGGCAGUCAAGAUUGUGAAUUUGGAAGUGCAGUCAAAGGUAUUUUGGCAAGUUACUGCAAUGCACCUUGAUUUGGAUACACUGUCAGUGGUGGGAUGAAUGAAUAUUUAACAUAGCAGGUUGGGUGUCAGUCAAACUUUUCUUUAAACUGUGUUGAUCUUGACUGUUAUUGACUCGCUCAUCCAAGAAAGUGAAAAUGUAUUCCAUCACACUUUGAUUGUGCCUUAUAGAUGAGUAACAGACUGUGGUGAGUCAGGAGAUGAAUUACUUUAUGGAGAAUUUCCAACCCUUGACUGCUGUUGUAACCACUUUUUUUUUUAAACAGCUGGUUCAGUUAAGUAUCUGGUCAAUGGUAACUUCCAGACUGGUGUUAGUGAAAAGUCUUUGUACUUGCAUUAAUGCUCUUCUUGGGCUGACAUUAGAGACUGCCAAUUUGAGUAUUUUUAGCCAGUGUACACAAGCUUGAUUCUCUCCUUUACAUGAGUCAAUUCUGGUUGUCUGUUUAUCAUCUAUAAGAUUGCGAUUCUUUUUUUGAUUCUGAUAAUUACUUUUAAACUUCACAGAUGCUCUUGGUCUGUAAACAGUACUUAUACCACUUUGUUACAAUUUUGGCAGAGAUUGAGAGUUCAGUUGUGUGGCCAAAGCAAAAAUGCAGUUUUCACAGUAAUUUCUUCUCUCAUAUAAACUAAGAUUUUUACCCUUUCACACAACAUAAAUGAGGCAUGGAUGAUAACCUGGUUAUUGCAUUAUCUUUGCGCUAUGUGAGUUCUUCUAUCCAUUUAAAGAAGAAAUGUCAGAGUUAAAACUAAUAGGCAAGUUUGCUUACAAUUCAAGAUAAUUACAAAGAAGGGAAACAGCAAAUUAGUAGUAACAAUGUACUAAAAUUGUGUUUUUGUAAUGCGAAGUGUACUUUUUUAGUUUCUAUGUUGUAAUACUACCUCACUGAACUGCUAAGAAAUUAAAAUGAAGUUGAUAAUAAUAGUGAUCAUUGCAUGAUAAACCCAUUAAUUACCCAUUGAUUUUAAUGCUUCUUCUGGGCUAUUGCCAAAAGUAUUUAAAUCACUUGAACAUAAAUACUAUUUUGAUAGGCUACUGUACAACUUUCUCGAAAAGAAAUGACUGGUCAGUACUUUUCUAAUAGAAAUACGACUUCUCUUAGACUCAACUGUUGGUGCUGACGUUAUAUUUGCAACUGCCCUACAUACUAACUUCCCUGAUAAAUUAUUAAGUA